AUGAAUGAAAGUAUUUAUAGAAUUAUAAAUAUAGCAGGACCUCUUAAUUUUGUAAAAAUUAUAAACGAACACAACUCUAAAUGUUUGACAGGUGAAAAUGGAUUAAUUACUUUACAGAAGUGUGAUCCGACAAAACAACAAAUAUUUAAAAUUACUGAAAGUAUUUAUAAUCAAAAUGCUAAUUAUGUUACAACACCGUUCAAACCAGGUUUUUGGUCUCGUUUUAGAAAUAAAAUAAGAAUUUCAAGUAAUAAAAAAGAUGCAGAUAAAAUACUUUUUAUGGAAGUGGGGACAGAUAUUUAUAAUAUAAAGUUAAAAAAUUCUAAAAAGUAUUUAAUUAAAAAGGGAAAUAAGCUAGUUUUAAGUAGUGCUGCAGAUUAUUCAUGGUUUAUACGUUUUUUUGAUAACAAAUUAUCAAUUAGAGAUAAAGAAGAACUAUAUCGUAUUACAUUUGAUCCAAUUACAGAUGGACUUAAAUUGGCUAAUUGUGAUCCGACAGAUACAAAUCAAACAAUUAUUCAAGGUAAAACUACAUGGGAAUUAUCAACAAUGUUUAUAAAUGCUAAUGAUAUAAAGAGAGCCAGAAAUAGAAAAUUAAUAAAAGAUGUCUAUUUAAAUAAAAGAAAUAUGGAUGAUGACUCUAACAGUGAAGAUGAUGAUUCAGAAAUAAAGAAUGUAGAAAAUAUAGUUGAACAGGCAGAAGAAAUGGCAGAGGAAGAAAAAACAACUAAAGAAAAUGAUCUUAAAGAUGAAAAUGGAGUGAACGUAAUAACAGGUAUGAGAAAUAUUGAUGAAGUUUAUCAUUUAGCAAACGACAUAGAAACAAAGGAUGAAAUGAUUAUGGAAGCAAAAAAUUUAGUUAGAAAAAAAAGAGAUUCUUUAAAAAGAUUAAACAAUAAUGAUAAAAAUUCUUUAUUAGGAAAUAAUAGAAGAAGAAUGAAUCGUUCACAAAAUAAUAGAAAUUAA